AACUAUAGAUCGCCGCGCUUAUUUACCUAGGCCUCGGCUUCCGCUUACUACUAUCGUCGUUAUAGCUACCUAUACGCUUAUAUCUAACAAUACGUUAUCGCUCGGCUUAAAGAAGUCUACUACCGCUAUAGCUAGAAUUAUCGAUAUUAGCGAUAAAGAUC